ACGAACUGACGGACGGCACCCUUCAUAUUUGCAUUUUCGUCUUGACAAAUAAACCAAACAUCUUGAGGGGAGUCGAUCACAUACGACGUCACGAUGGACACCCUCGUUGCCAGAUACACGAGGCCCGCCUACGCCCAGAACGAAGGCCUCACCGAGCAAGAUGAGCUGGACAUCAGCGAUGCCGUCCCAGGUCCAUCUCUGAAGUUUGCCAUGCCUCCAGUAGCUCAGCCCUCCUCCUGGCUCCGCGCUGCAACCGACGACCGUUCGAACCCGCAAUGCCCCAUCAAGAUCGCCCACGGCACGACAACCCUCGCCUUCCGGUUCCAGGGCGGCAUCAUCGUGGCCACGGACUCCCGCGCAACAGCGGGCAACUGGAUCGCCUCGCAGACGGUCAAGAAGGUGAUCGAGAUCAACAGCCAGCUGCUGGGAACCAUGGCCGGCGGCGCCGCUGACUGCCAGUACUGGCUGGCCUGGCUGGGCAUGCAGUGCCGCCUCCACGAGCUGCGCCACAAGCGGCGCAUCAGCGUGGCCGCCGCCUCCAAGAUCCUCGCCAACCUCGUCUACCAGUACAAGGGCAUGGGCCUGUCCAUGGGCACCAUGUGUGCCGGCGUCACCAAGGAGGAGGGCCCUGCCCUGUACUACAUCGACUCGGACGGGACCAGGCUCGCCGGCAACCUCUUCUGCGUUGGCUCCGGCCAGACAUUCGCCUACGGUGUGCUGGAUGCUGAGUAUAGAUACGAUCUGACCGAAGAGGAGGCCCUGGAGCUGGGUAGCCGAAGUAUUUUGGCCGCGACGCACCGUGAUGCGUACAGCGGUGGCUUCAUCAACCUGUACCAUGUCAAGGAGGAGGGCUGGGUCAAGCACGGCUUCAGCGACACGAACCCCAUCUUCUGGAGGACGAAGCUGGACAAGGGCGAGUUUACGAACGUCACGAGCAACCUGGAUUAAGGGGAAGAACGCGAGAGCGAUGGUGAUGGCGGCGCAUAGAGCUGGAUCCGGAUGGCCGAGAGGUAGAGAGUAGGCAUGAGACGAGACCUUUGGCAUGAACACAUCGUCGAGUCCCUCUGCCUGGGUAAGGCAUGGUGGCUACUAUCAGUCAUGCCGUGCCCUGUAUCUGUACAAUAAAUGAUGACAUUCUGACAAC